AUGAAUAUAAUCGAAAGUUUAUUUGGUAAAUCACUCACUCCCCAAGAACGGCUGAGACGGCAUCAGCGUGCACUGGAGAAAGCUCAGCGCGAGUUGGACAGAGAGCGUGGCAAGCUGGAGGGACAGGAGAGCAAAUUGAUCAGCGAUAUUAAGAAGAGCGCCAAGAAUGGUCAAAUGGCACCAACCAAACUCAUGGCCAAGGAUCUCGUUCGGACUAGGAAAUACAUCCAGAAGUUUUAUCAGAUGCGCACUCAGUUACAAGCUGUUAGUCUGCGUAUCCAAACACUCAGAUCGAAUCAGCAAAUGUCUGAGGCUAUGAAAGGUGCAACAAAGAGCAUGGCUAUGAUGAAUAGAAGUCUCAACCUCCCUCAAAUUACCCGUAUCAUGAACGAUUUCGAACGUGAAUCAUCCUCAAUGGACAUGAAAGAGGAAAUUAUGUCUGACGCUGUUGACGACGUUAUGGAGGAUGAUCAAGGUGAAGAGGAGGAGGAGAAGAUCGUUGGCCAGGUACUCGAUGACAUUGGCGUUACUCUCAAUCAACAACUCGCAAAUACGCCUGAUACUUUGGACGUCGAUACUGGCGCAGAUAAAAACAAAAAGACGCCGAUGGCUGAGGGAUUGAGCGGCAGUGCUGGUGCUGGUGCUGGUGCUGGCGCUGCUAACCCCACUACAACCACCCAAGCCACCACUUCAACUCAAACUAAAACCGACGAAGACAGCUUACAAGCCAGAUUAGAUAGGCUUCGAAAGGACUGA